AUGGAUCUUAACUCGCCCUUUGCGGACCCAGAUGGUCCAGAGCCAUUGCCACCGCCAACGUCUUCGGGCAGCCUCAAGUCUUGUAUCUUUGAGCAGUCGCGCAUCGUCCAUCCAUCAACAAGUCAGCACAGAAGCCCAAGUCGGUCUCGACAGGAUGACAUCCGCGAAGAGUCGUUUCACGAGAGCGUGCAAGCAAGUGCUGCAUCCAUUGGCAGAGCAUCCAGCAGUCGGCACGCCGCCACGAAUGGGGAUGGCAUCGAGGGCCACAGUACCGAUGCUGCCGGCCCUGCAGAAGGUGACAAUGCCGACGACCAAGAUCCCGAGGACCUACUUUCAGAUGAAGAAAUCGGCCUUAUCGCAAAAGAUGCUCGAAGGUCGAAAGCAUCGCUACUGCCCACCAGAUCAUCUCGCUCCUCGAGUAGAUCCAGCAGGCGCCGCACAAACACAUCAGAUCCACGUUCUCGAGCAUCUGCGGUCGGAGGGCUCAACGCCAAGCAGAAGGCACUGUGGAUGUGGGCUAACGUCGACAAUCUCGACGCUUUCCUGCAAGAAGUAUACGCCUACUAUCUUGGACGAGGUGCCAUCUGCAUUGCACUCUCACGUUCGCUCAACCUCCUCACAGUUGCAUUCGUCAUCUCCUUCUCCACCUUCUUGUUAGGAUGCAUUGACUAUUCGGCGAUUCGACACGACGGUCAACUAGGCGAUGUUAUUGUGGGCCAUUGCGUAGCCCGCUUCUCUCCAGGUACCAGGGUGAUGGUGUUUCUGCUGGUCGCAGCAUUCGGCUGGCAAGUAGUACAAUUCCUGCUUGGCCUAUCGAGACUGAGAGCGAUGCACGGAUUUUACGAACACCUUCUCGGCAUCCCGGACGCGGAUGUGCAGUCCAUCCCGUGGCACGAAGUAGUCAACCGCAUCUCGGCUCUGCGUGAACAGCAUCCCAACACCUCGCUCAGCUCAGCGGACGAGAUUGAGCUUGAGGAUCGAGCAAGUGCAUCACAGCAACAGCGACUGGACGCACACGAUGUAGCUAACCGCAUCAUGCGUCAGGAGAAUUAUCUCAUCGCGCUGUUCAACGAGAACAUCCUUGACCUCUCGGUGCCUGGCCUACGCAAUCGUAGUCCAGCGCUGACGCGAAGUCUCGAGUGGAAUCUCAACUUUUGCCUUUUAGGCUUCCUUUUCGACUCGAAUGGACAAGUACGGCACCAGUUCCUGUCGGAAGGCUAUCGAGCUGAUCUGAUUGAAGGUUUACGACGACGCUUGCUGUUCAUGGCGAUGGUCAAUGCCAUCUUUGCACCUUUCAUCGUGCUCUACUUGUUGGUCUACUCUUUCUUCCGCUACUUUGAAGAGUAUCACAAAGACCCGUCCAACUUGGGAUCUCGACAAUACACGCAAUACGCACGAUGGAAGUUGCGCGAGUUCAACGAGCUGCCGCAUCUCUUCCGGAGACGAUGUCAUACCUCCUAUGCGCCUGCGCAAAAGUACAUUGACCAAUUCCCCAAGGAGAAGACAGCCAUCGUUGCGCGGUUCGUGGCAUUCGUCGCUGGCUCGUUUACUGCCGUGCUUAUCCUUGCAUCGGUGAUUGAUCCGGAUCUGUUCCUGCAUUUUGACAUUACACCUCAGCGCAACGUGCUGUUCUACAUCGGGGUGUUUGGUGCCAUUCUAGCCGUUGCUCGCGGUAUGAUACCGGACGAACAUCUGGUGUUCGAACCCGAAGCAGUGCUGCGCGAAGUGAUUCAACACACCCACUACCUGCCCCAGGAGUGGAAGGGUCGCUUCCAUUCAGCUGAAGUGCAUCAGGCAUUCGGACAGCUGUAUACGCUCAAGAUCUACAUCUUCUUGCAAGAGUUGCUCAGUGUAGUGACAACGCCGUUUGUACUGUGGCUGACUUUACCAGCAUGUGCGCCCGAGCUGAUCGACUUUUUAAGGAAGUAUACGAUCCAUGUGGACGGGUUGGGACAUGUAUGUUGGUUUGCCGUGUUUGACUUUGCACGUCAACCAACAGCCAGUACGACGGGUGGUGCUGCGGCGAGGGAGAUGUACCAAGAUCCAAAGCGUAACGGAAGACGAGCGAUAAGAAAUGGAAUCAAGGAGGGCAAGAUAGAGCAAAGCAUCCUUGGGUUCAAAGCGAAUCAUCCAGAUUGGGAUCCUGUCCAAGCUAGUACAGCUUCGAUCCUUCCUUCCGAUGCAGUUGCAGGUGCAGCGUGCCAGUAUGAAUACGGGAAUGGAAUGAACAAGUCGGAUGCGCCACCAACAAGGACAACGACAACGACAACGACGGGUGGAGCCAAGGUGAAGGAUUUGCUGGAUCACAUCUACAAAGGCAGAGGAACGACUGCUGCCAGUCGAUGGUAG